UACUUUCUGGUGUGGAAGAAAGAAAUAUUACCAGAUGACUGGAGCAAAGUAAUUCUGCUCCCAAUUCUCAAGAAAGGACAUACUACGACGGACAGCAGGAUGUGCCUUAAUCAAGCUGGACUCAGGCCAGGGCGCACUUGUUUUGACCAAAUAUUCAUGGAACAUCGCUUCAAAUAUCAGCAGUACAACGUUUCGUGUUUCAUAGACUUUGCAGCUACUUUCGAUUCAGUUGAUAGAAUGGUGCUUUGGAGAGUGAUGGAACGCGUCGCGGUCCCAGACAUCGUUCGACUCAUAAAGGCAUUUUAUCAGCGUGCGUCGGCUAUAUAUAUGGGAAACUGA